UCUUCCAUUUUCUCUCGUCUCCCCUCUCUUCUCCAUUAAACCCUAGCCGCCGUCGGCUCUUUCUCCGGCCACCACCACCUUAAAUGAAAAUAUUAAGCCCAUUUUCAUAUUCCCCAUCUCACGGGUGUCACAAGGAACGGGUUGGAUUUUUAUUUCGAGCGAUCUCGCUGUCGCCCAUCGCCUCUCCUUCUUCGAUACUCGCAAAACAACCGCAUCAAUGGCAAAGCAGAUCCACGAGAUCAAGGAAUUUCUCUUGACGACGCGUAGAAAGGACGCGAGAUCUGUUAAAAUCAAGAGGAGUAAGGAUGUGGUACUGAAGUUCAAGAUUCGUUGCUCGAAGUAUCUGUACACGCUGUGUGUGUUUGAUACUGAUAAGGCUGAUAAGUUGAGGCAAUCUCUUCCUCCCAGUUUGAUUGUUCAAGAUCUGUAG